UGUUUGCGGGGGCUUGAGAGCAACCGUAACAUAAAUGGGGGCUCGUCCGGGAUUUUACCCUUUAGAGUUUACAUUUUCUGUUCUUAGCCCGGUUAGCUUAGCCGCCGGGCGGGUCCAAGGGACUUGUCACUUUAUUGUUUUUCCUUUUUUGUUUUUGGUGGUUAAUAUGAGUGGGGGUACGCUUCGGGGCACUGAGGUCGACUAGUUAAGUGGUCUGCUGACAGUGUUCACGAGUUUAGCGUUCAAAGUCGCCCCGAGCGCAGAAAACCACUGAAGACUAGUUUAUUGAGUUAGAAUUUUGUUUCUGUUUGGUUAGGUAGGACCGAGAAAGAACAAUAUUUGAAUGGUAGCGCCCCUGAUUGGUUUAAUCACUCUGGAUUUGUAUCAGCUGUUUCGUCCAGCUGGGCCGAUUGAGCUGGGAAAAGGAUAUAAUCGUUUGACUGGACAUUACAUCAUCACUGAGUCUAGGGGCGGUCCUCUCCUGUCUCCAAAAUGAGUGGCAGGACAGAGAGGGGAGGGCCCAUGCUGGAUAAAGCCUGAAAGCACAUCAGGAAGAGAGGACUGCCAAGCUCAAACCUGAGACAGGGUCUGGUCUCAGGCACUGAUGGCAGAGACGGAAAAUGUGUCUUAUGUACCUUUGAAGCAGCCCAUCGUGUUCACAGUGGAAGGCUUCAUCAUAACCAGGCAGCAGGGGUACCCCCUGUUUGUGGCCUCGCUCAUCGUGUACGCCGUGAUGCUGCUCGGAAACAUCACCGUGGUUACGGUGAUAGCCACGGAUGCCAAACUCCACAAGCCCAUGUAUGUGAUGGUGUGCAACCUGGCAGUGUGCGAUCUGCUCGGAUGCACGACAGUCAUGACUCCGCUGAUGUCACACUUCGCAACAGGGAACAACACCACCGCCUACGCUGCAGCCAUUUUCCAAGCCUUCUGUGUGCACACAUACGGCUUGGCCGUCGCCAUCAUUCUGGCAGUCAUGGCGUAUGACCGCUAUGUGGCCAUCUGUCAGCCGCUGUACUACCACACCAUCAUGACUAAUAGGCGGCUGGUUUCACUGUGUUUCCUGGUCUGGUUCAUUACGGUCUGCCUGGUCGUGAUACUCCUCAUUCUGAAUGUGCAAACGCCAUUGUGUGGGACGUUAAUCACACAUGUCUACUGCAGUAAUGGAGCCAUUCUGAGGCUGGCGUGCAUCGCCACCCCCAUCAUCAACAUCUACGAAAUGUCUUCACUCUGGAUCAUAAGAACGGGCGGCAUCUUAGUCAUUGCCUUUUCCUAUCUGAAGAUCCUCAAAGCGUGCAUCAUCAAACAGGAGAAAAACUGUCGGAGCAAGGCCAUACAGACAUGCGCCUCCCAUCUCACCAUUUAUAUCCUCUUUGAGGUCUCAAUUUUAACCAUUGUCAUGACCUACAGGCUGCAAGAGAUCAGCCCCAAUGCCAAGAAAGUCUGCGCUAUUCUUACUUUCAUAAUGCCCCCGACAGUCAACCCAAUCAUCUAUGGCAUUGCCAUGAAAGACAUUCGCAAAAAAAUUGUGAAGUUUUUCAAAUCAACUGUCUCGCCGAAAUAGGAAAACCAGCCAGUGCCAUCCAGUUAUCCAAAUAACAUUUUUAAAAUGUAUUUAUUCACAUUGAGGAAAGUGGGCAAAGUGUUAUCUUCUCCUCCCAACAAUGCCCCAUAGAAAAGUGUCAGAGGAUUUUUGAUCCAACUGGCCAAAAGAUUAUGGUUCACAGGCUGGUAAAAACAAUGGGCCUCAUUCACGAAACAUGCAUACAAUUACCUUUGAUUGUAAAGUGUGUGUAAGAACGUUUCCACAAACAUUUCGGCAUUCAUAAUUUUUUUUCAUAUUUGUAUUUGUCC